AUGGCAAAAGUUGGAACAGUUGACCGGCCAGCACCAAACUCAGUCUACCAAGGUAGUUUCUCCAAAAACACGAGCGCGUUUCAAAGCAGACGAAAAAUAGAAAUCUUUAUUGAAUGUAAUGAUUUGAUUCAAUUGGAAAAGUUCUCCAAGAGCGAUCCCUUGUGCGUUCUUCACGUUAAGAAGCUUGGCAACUGGACUGAAUAUGGAAGGACAGAAUCAUUGCCAAAUAACUUGAAUCCAAAGUUUGUGGAAUCUUUCAUCAUCGAUGGCUGUCCGCUCAUGUAUCCACGUCUGCGUUUCUCUCUUUACGACUUGGCCAACUUCACAUCAAAGGACCUUCGUAAGCACGAUUUCAUUGGCUCAGUCGAGGUGGAUUUUGGAACUCUUCUGACAUCAGAAUCACCGCUCGUUAGAACACUGAGAAUCCCUGGAGAUAUCACGACGCGUGGAUUUAUAAAUAUCUUUUUCGAGGAUGUCGUGACGAGCAUGACAAAUGUCAGGGUUCAAAUGAGAGGAGAGAAUCUACAACGGCCAGGUUUUCUAAGCAAAUGCGACGCAUUUUUUGCGGUAGAACGCCUUCUUCAAAGUGGCCAUUUUCAUCCUGUGUACCGCUCUGAGAUAGUCACGCGAACCCAGGAUCCAAAGUGGGCUCCAUUCGAGUUGUAUCUACAAAAGCUUUGCAACGAAGAUGUCAAAAAGGAAGCGCAAAUCUCAUGCUGGCAUUAUUCCAGUAACGGUGCGCACACUUUGAUUGGACGAUGCAAGUUUGACAUCAGUGAAGUCUUAGGAAGAAAAGUUAAAAUUUUAAACCUCAUAAAACCAACGAAGCCAGGCAAAAGCAGCAAACGUCCAUCCAGUUCAGGUUUAAUACGAGUCCUUAGCUGCCAUGUUGAUCGAAUCUUUAGUCUUCUGGACUACAUUCGUGGAGGAUGCCAGAUACGAAUGGCAUGUGCUUUGGACUUUACUUUAUCGAAUGGAGAGCCAUCUUCCUCGAACUCUUUACACUGUAUGGCGCACGAGCAAAAUCAAUAUAUUCGUACAAUCGAAGCCCUUGGUCCAAUCCUUACUUACUAUGACCAAGAGAAGAGAAUCCCUUCCUUUGGAUUUGGCGCCAAGAACAUGCCUGGCCCAUACUGCUUUGCAAUGAACCAACAACAAGAAGACCCGGAUGUGGUAGGAGUCGAGGCUUUAAUCAACAUUUAUUCAGAUCUUCUAUCCACUAUUAAACUCGGAGGCCCAACCUACCUUGCGCCCGUCAUCGAAAGGAUAGCCGACUAUGCCAAGAAAGAAGUAUCCCAGGAAUCUCAGUAUUAUGUAGUUGCCUUGGUGAUUAUGGAUGGCGUGGCAAAUGACAUCGACUCAACCAUAAAUAAACUCGCUGAAAUCUCAACACUACCGCUGUCCAUUAUUGUUGCAGGCGUAGGUCCAGCUGACUUUAGCUGCAUGGAAGAACUGCUCAAUUCUAGACGAAAAUUAUUACGGACACGCGAUACUAAGGAACUUCAAAGAGAAAACACGUAUUUUAUAGCACUACCAAAACACUACCACAACCAUGAGAGAAAUGUUUCGGCUGCCCGCGAAGCGUURGCGCACAUUUCAAGACAGAUUGUCUCUUUCUUCAAGUCGAGGAAAAUCGAUCCCAAUCCACCACAGACAACAAACAUCGAAGCAGUAUGGGCAGAGUCACGAGAUACAAAUGGUAUAUCUUUUUCAUCAAUGCCUUCCACGCCGCGGACUCGAAAAAUAAUGUCGACGCAAAAUCCCCGAUGUCCAACAUGUGGUUCUUUAUUAGAAAAAUAAUAAUAUGGUCUAUC